UAUGUUAAACCACCAGAGGGUGCUGGUGUUAUGGAAGCAACCCCAGCAGAGACGUCAGAUUCCAAGUACCACCCGCCCCGCAUCACAGAAAUGUUGUCUUUCAAUGCAGCUGUCCUCCCCCUUGUGAAAGAACUUGGAAUGCAAAAGGGAAGUGCAGUAACUGGUUCAGAGUUGCGGAAUAUAAUAAAUGAAUAUGUGAGGAAAAACAAUUUACAGGAUGAAAAGAACAAGAGCAAAGUUACACUAGAUCCAUUGCUUGCUUCCAUUGUGCUGAAUAAGGGAGAGAAUGACGUCACUCAACUUCGAUGGGACGAUUAAACUUCAAGAAUCGCUGGCAAGAUGCAAAAUGUGUUCAAAGUGGAGUUUCAAGGACAACCACCUAUCAUCAGGAAAGGCAAAAUGGAAGAAAUCACCCUUAAUGUGUUCCAAAGAGGUUCCAACAAAAAGGUGACGACCGUGGAUAACCUGGAUGUGUUUGGACUGGAUCUGAAGGAGUUUGCCCACGCGAUCCAAAUAGCGAUCCAGUGUAGUUGUACCGUGUCUCAAAGUAGUUCCAACAAAAUGCAAGUGGUCAUCCAGGGCAACCAGAUUGCCUUUGUUGCCGAUCUCUUGACGGGAAAAUAUAGAAUUCCCAAAAAGUACAUCAAAGGUUUAGGAAAGGCACCAAAAGGAAAACGAAUAUAAACUGUGAUACAUUAGCUGAUUAUUUAUAUUGAAGGAAAAAAUAAAAUUGUACAAUUCACU